AUGGACCCCGACGGGUCCGAAACUAGUCGUUGCCGUCAUCGAACAAUCAUACAUCCGCAAACAGAACGCACUACGGCGGCAAAUAGCUUCGAUUAUGGUUCAUGUAAGCUAUCUAAGUCGAAAACAUCUGCACCUGGAUUCGUUUGCGAAGGUCAGCUGUUAUUUGAAGAUAAUUUUAAGAAUGACCUCAACGACGGAAAGAUAUGGACUUCUGAAGUGAAGAUGCCAAUUCAACCGGAUUAUCCUUUCAAUUUAUACGAAGAUAGGGCUGAAGUUAAAGAUGGGAAACUUUUGAUUAGUCCUAUUACCCUGGCUUCGAAGUACGGAAGUGAUUUUCUAAGACGAUCUUUAUCUUUACGUCAUAGUUGCACAGGAACGACAUAUGAAGAAUGUAAUAUGGAAGCAUUUGGCCCACAAAUUCUACCUCCAGCUAUCACCGCUAAGAUAACAACAAGAAAGACUUUUAAUUUCAAAUACGGGAGAAUAGAAGUUGGAGCUAAAAUGCCAAUAGGAGAUUGGCUGAUUCCUCUGAUACAACUGGAGCCACGUGACAACAUCUACGGAUCAUUGAACUACGCGUCAGGUUUGAUCCGUAUCGCUUGUGUUAAGGGCAACAUGGAGUUAUCUAAAAAAUUAUACGGAGGUGCCAUCGUCGCUGAAUCCGAGCCAUUGAGGAGUAGAUAUUUACGAGAAAAACAAAAUAAACAACAAUGGAGCAAGAAUUUUCAUAAUUUCACAUUGAUAUGGAGUCCAGAUGAGAUAAUUUUGUAUGUUGAUGGAGAAAAUUAUGGGAGAGUAAAACCUGCGAAUGGAUUUUAUGAAGAUGUUAAAAAAUUUAAUAACACUGCAUCUGCAAAUUGGGUUAAAGGAAGUAAUAUGGCUCCGCUAGAUGAAAUGUUCUAUAUAUCAAUAGGUCUGGAUGUUGGCGGAGUCCAUGAAUUUCAGGACUCGUCUACUAAGCCGUGGAAGAACUCUUCAAACAAAGCGAUGCUUGAGUUUUGGAACGCCCGUGACAUGUGGUAUCCCACAUGGACUUCUGAAAGUGUACUAAGUGUGGAGUAUAUACGAAUUUACGCCUUAUAACAUAAAUAUUUAGUCCAGUCAUAGGGAUCCUCGGAAUGUGCUGGUGUGAACCCUCACUUCUAUCUCCAAUAAGCUGCUGUAACUAAUAAAGC